UGCAGACAUGGCCGACAAGACACCGAAGGAGUCUGAUGCACCCUUUGCGACCAGGAUAGACCCGGCAAAAGAGGGUCUAUCCAGCCAGCAGAUGCGCUAUGUGAAACAGGCAGAGAUGGAGCAGUGGAAGAAGAGGACACAGAAGCUAACAACGCGAAACGCGGUGACAGGACUUCUCAUCGGAGCUGCUGUGCUUGGGAUCUAUGGCUACACAUUUUACUCCUUCUCCCAGGAGCGAAUCAUGGAAGAACUAGAUGAAGAAGCCAAGCGUGCAAGAAUGGAGGGACCCAAGACCGGUGCCAACUGAGAUGCGUGUGUUGCCUGUUGUUGGACUUUGUCUCUGCAAUUAACCAAGAAAGGACUUAUGUAGACACUGCUUCCACUGAUUCAUAUUCCAUGGCCAGCUGCUGUUAGGGUUGAUGAGGCAGAGCUGGACAUUAUUUUGUCUUGAUUGUGAAGGGUGAUUGUGUGGUUCUACAGCCGACUUAAAUCUAGAUGUGUCUUUAUUUGCUUGCCUGUCAGGGGAAGGGACUGAUCUGCUGACCUUAACAUAAUGUUACAUGCUGCCCAAAAGGCCCAGACUGUAGAGUAAUAAUCAUCUUUACCUAUCACAAUUCCAGCCAGUGCAGUCUGAUCAUCUCUUAUGGAUUCAGUAGAGGGGAGAAUAAGCUAAACUUCAGUCAGCAAAUCAUGUUAAAUCUACAGUGGCCUUCAACAGAAACACAAUGCCAGUGACACUGAUGAAAUGACACACGGAUCAACCUGUUGAAACUGCUAUUUAUGUUCAUAAAAUAAAAUAAAAU